GCAGAUGUGCAGGCAUGUGUAUCCAAAAACUUAAAAAACCAUUUAAUCUCCCAUGCCAUCUACAAGCGUUUAAGAUUUCCCUAUAUUCUUGAAGCGCAAAAGCAAGGUAACAACGUAUUACAUCGUUAGAUCAUCUCGCGUGAGAGUGAAUUAAAAGUUGAAUUUAGUUGUAAACAAGUUAUAAACAAGGGAUGUGCAGAGCUGUCGGCCUCCGUAUUACCUAGAACGAUGCCUGAAUCAAGCCGUGAAAGCACUCUGAAAAUUCAAAAUCCGUCAUGGUGGAGAAGGCGUCCUCGCACGGAAAAAGUUCUUCUAGCGAUCGUCACGACACUCAUCUUCCUAAUAAUAAUAAUGCUGUCAGUGAAUCUAUCACGUGGGAGCUCUCUGCAAGGCUGCAAGUAUGGCUCGCAUGACAUAUGUUUCACCCCCGACUGUGUAAAAACUGCUACUCAAGUUUUAGAAAAGGUCGAUUUAAACGUCAACCCUUGCGAGGACUUCUACAAGUUCGCCUGUGGGAAUUUCAUAAAAAACACCGUUAUUCCUGAAGACAAGACGUCGAUAACAUCCUUCACUAUCGUAGAAGACGAAGUGGAAGAGCUGAUGCACAACUUACUUAAAAAACCCAUCGUGUCGACAGACAUCAAACCCUUUGUUCUUGCUAAAACGCUUUAUCGGGCUUGCAUGAACACGACGGAAAUCGAGGCGAACUCGUUGCAGAAAUUCAAACGACUUAUUAAAAGUACGGGAGGUUGGCCUGUUGUUGAAGGGGAUGGAUGGGACGAAAAUAGCUUCGACUGGGUAUCAACGAGUUAUCAGUUGAUGAAAGUGGGCUUGACUCCGUACAUGUUGCUCAAUUUUAAAGUGUUGCCGGAUUCUUCCAACUCGUCCAGAAAAGCUCUUGUUCUAGAUCAAGUUAAAAUCGAAUUAGAUAAGAUCAAGAGGAACGGAUUCAACGAAACUAUCUUCCAAGCCUAUUACGAGUAUAUGAAGAAAGUAGUUGUUGUUUUAGGCGCUGAAGAGACAAAAGCGUCUGAAGAAAUGAGAGCAGUUGCUGAAUUGGUGGUGACUUUAGCUAGAAUAACGUUGCCAGAAGAAGAACUUCGCGAUGCAACUUUGAAGCACAAUCCAAUGUCUGUCUCUAAACUGGAAACGACGUUUGGUUAUGUACCAUGGUUGAAUUAUAUUAACACUAUGAUGCAUCCAUACAAAAAAUUUAACAACGAUGAUAUCGUUAUCGUUAAAGUUCCAUCCUAUUACGAAAAACUGGAAACCGUCUUGAAAAACACCUCGAAAAGAACCUUGGCUAAUUAUAUGUAUUGGUCAUUAGCUGAGGAUCACAUCACUUACCUCAAUGAUGAGUUAAGAAAUUUGGAAUUGGAAUUUAACAAACCAAUCAGUGGUAUAGACAAAAGACCGUUGAGGUGGAAAGAAUGUACACAAGCGUGUAUAAGACUUUACGUAGCAAGUGGAGCUUUGUUCGUACGAAAUUUCUUUAAAAAAGAAGCAAAAGCCGCCGUUGUUGAAAUGACCGAGUACAUAAAAGAUGCAUUCAUACAAACUCUAAAAUCUGUCGAUUGGAUGGACGCUGAUACCAAAAAACAAGCACUUGAUAAAGCCAAAGCGAUCCAUCUUCACACGGCCUACCCUGACGAACUUCUCGAUGACCAAAAACUGGAACUCUACUACAAAAAUCUGACUUUCGACGCUUCUGACUACCUAGGCUCAAUGCUAAAUUUAUCCCUAUUUAAAAGCGACGUCGAGUAUCCUCAACUUGACGAAAAACUUGACAAAAAAGACUGGCGCAAUCACGGGUACGUCGCUUUAGUGCAAGCAUUUUACGACUCGAGUGAAAACAGUAUCGAAUUCUUGGCUGGCAUUCUACGAAACGUGUUCUUCGAUGACCGUAAACCCAAAUACAUGAAUUAUGGAGCUAUCGGUCAUAUUAUAGGCCACGAAAUCACUCACGGCUUCGAUGAUGAAGGCAGGCAGUUUGAUAAAGACGGUAAUUUAGUUAACUGGUGGCAACAAAAAACGAAAGAAGCUUUCGACGCAAAAGCUCAAUGCAUUAUCGAUCAGUAUGGGAACAUAACUGUGCCUGAAGUCAACUUGAACUUAAAUGGUAUUAACACGCAAGGUGAGAAUAUUGCUGAUAACGCAGGUAUCAAAUUAGCAUAUCUUGCCUAUAAAGCGUGGUCGAAAAAGCACGGCCCCGAACAAGUCCUACCCGGAUUACCAUACACACCUGAACAAAUGUUCUGGAUUGCUGUGGCAAAUAUUUGGUGCAAAGUGGAGGCGACUCAGUGGUUAAAGCUGGUGGUGGUUUAUGAUAAACAUGCUCCGCAUCAACAUAGAGUUAAUGUUCCCUUAAUGAAUUCGGAGUAUUUCAUUAAAGACUUUAAAUGUAACGAAAAUUCUAAAAUGAACCCGAAACACAAGUGCCAUGUCUGGUAAAAUUAAAGUAUACGCAAACAGCUCUCUUAACACUUUUAAAUAUUUGUUAAAAUUACAUGAACUGACAACAAUUGUACAACAUAAAUCAUAAUA